AUGCCUCCGCGAGACGUCGACCUCAAGCGCAAGCGCGCCUUGACAGAGGCAGCCCAGAAAGAUGGCGACAACAACGAGACUCCGAGCGCGCACGCUACAGAGACGAACGACGGCACUCGAGAGCCACCCCGAAAACGCGGCCGUCCGAGCAAGGCAACCGUCGUGGCGGAAGCCAGCCCCGCGCCACAGCCUAAAAAGAAGCGUGGACGACCGUCGAAAGUGCACGUUCAGAAAGACGCGGAAGACGAUAGCGAGGCGAAUGAGCCAGAUGGAGAAGUAGAGGCAGAUGAGCAAGAGGAAGAGCAGCCCGUCCCGAAGAAGCGGGGCAGACCGGCCAAGACAGCCCCCGCGCCCGAGCAAGAGCCAGCGGACGGAUCACACGAAUCGGAAGGGGAGACGCAAUCAAGAGGGAAGAGGGAACGACGGUCGCUGACAGAGGUGUCGGUUGAUGAGGCGCAAAAUAACAAGGGAUCGGAGCCCAGGGAGGCGCAAGGGGAUCCGAAGAAGAAGAAAAAGAAGCGGGCCCAAGAAGAAGAGGGGAGGCCCUCCUUAAACCGGGAGGGGCCCUCCGCAAACCACGAGGAAGAUAUGGGCGAGGCGCCACCCCUCAUCGAGAAGUUAAAGAAGAAGCGAGGUCGGCCCUCUUUAAAUCGGAACCAAGAGGAGGAUCUGGAUGGCGCGUCACCGCCUAUAGCGAAGCCGAAGAAGAAGAGAGGCCGACCCUCUCUUAACCGCGACCAAGAGGAGGACACGGGUGAGGCCUCAGCUCGCACGGAGAAGCCCAAGAAGAAGAGAGGUCGACCUUCUCUCUCCAAAACGACGGAGGCGAUGGCGGAGGCAGAAGAGGCCGAUGCAGAGGCAGAGGUAGAGGAGCAACCGUCACCUCGCACAGAGAAGCCCAAGAAGAAGAGAGGUCGGCCCUCUCUUAACCGGGACCAAGAAGAGGAUAUGAAUGAGGCGUCCCCUCGUAUAGCGAAGCCGAAGAAGAAGAGAGGUCGGCCCUCUCUCUCCACAGCGCCGGAACUGGCCGAGGAUGGCACACCGCGCCCCGCAAAGCCUAAGAAGCGAGGGCGGCCAUCUUUAUCCGAAAUCCGACAAGAUGACAACGUCGCCGUCGCCGAAGAACCCCGGAAGCGAGCCGGGCAACAAACAACCCCGACGUCGAGGACGACCUCGCCGAAGCUCCAACGCCUCCCCGCCGGUUCCGGUUCCGACGCCGACUCCGAAUCCAACUCAGACCAAAGCGACCUCCGCCGCCGCCGCCGCCACCCCAAACCCAGCCGACCUUUCCUCUACAUCGCCCCCAAGCAGCGCGAGAUCCCCGUCUCCGUCAUCUCCUCCAAAUGGACCCCGCUCAGCCGCAGCUCCGUCUCCGCCGCCACGCAAAUCCUCCAGCUCGCCUCUCGUCCCGUCCUGCAAACCCGUCCGCCCGGUCCCCGCCGCGACGCCGCCGCCGCCGCCCUCCGCGUCGCCACCCGCCGCGUCGUCAACAGCAUCUCCCGCGGCUUGCCCUUCCCCCGCUCCCAAACCCUCCCUCCAGCUCGCCCGCCGCUCCCGGAAAAAUUCGCCGCCCCGGACGGCCGCGAGGUCGAGCUCGACUUCGAGGCCGUCGCCGACGAGACGGCCGCUCUCGAGCGCCGCCUCGAUCCUUUGCUCCACUCGAUCCAGCUCCUCCGCCAAGAGGAUGCCCGGCUCGUCGAGGCCAUCAAGAAGGACGAGGAGGAGCUCGAGGAGCUGCGCAAGAACGCGAAAAGGGAGCUGGGCGUGUGGCGCGAGUCAUUGCGCAAGAAGAGUCAUCCCCUGCUCCCCGCGCGGUGGAACCCCGACGCCAACGGAAGGGAGAAGCUCGUCCUCGCCCCCGAGCAAGAGCCACCACAGGACGAAUGGGCCUUUGCCGACUUCCCCAACCCCGAAAUCACAGCCCUCGCCUCCCAGCUCACCAACCACCUCUCCUCCAUCCGCGACAACACCGCCCCCGUCGAGAACCUCGACGCCUCCCUCGAUGAGUCCUUUGCCGCCCUCCGCCGCGUCCUGGCCGGCGUGCUGCCUCACGAUCGCUACGAGGCCGUUCUCCACGGCGACGAGGACAAGUCCUAG